AUUUCCUCGGCAGAAAACAGUACGGGCAGCCCAGCUGGAUCGUAAAGAAAUAUAUAUAUUGAUGGCUAAGGAAAAUUUCCUCUGAAAAGCCAAUGAAUGAUGGACAGAAACUGACUGCUGAGUUUGGUAUAAAAAAUUGUACGCUCGACCGACAACUACAAUUGGGACCAGAAUUUCCAUUUCGAAGCAAGGCGCUUCUUAAGUGAGUCAUGCCCCAAUUUACAGCCUUUUAUGUCAUGGUUCCUAAUUGAAUCACUGCAGUUAUUAAGUGGAUCAACGGUUGUUAAGCAAAAUUCGGCUUUCCCUAUUGAUUUCACUUGUCAGAAGCUAUCUGGGAAGGUUGCAAAAGGUGGAUUACAUGACUCCAGGAUGCUGCAAUUUUGGUGGGCCACACAUUGCUUUCCAUCCUACUGCUGAAUUUAGUAACACCGGGCUGGUCAAACUGCAGUGUAAAGCAGAUCAGAUAGCACACAUACAUACCCUUCUCAGUCUCUUUGGAAGCUGCUGUCAGCUCCUCGUGACUUGGUCUGGACCAUGGCUUCUUCCGAGCUCUGGGCAAUCGACUAUGAAAUUUAUGGGGAAGUCCAAGGUGUCUUCUUUAGAAAGUACACGGAAGAGCAAGGGAGAAAACUAGGACUGGUUGGCUGGGUGAAGAAUACAGCCCAUGGGACUGUGACUGGACAGGUGCAGGGGACAAAGGAGAAAGUGGAAAUUAUGAAGAAUUGGUUACGUAGCGUCGGAAGCCCCAUGUCUCGCAUUGAUCAGGCCGUGUUCUCAAAUGAGAGGCAGAUCGCAGCUCUGGAGUUCCAGUCCUUCACCACCAAGUAUUAAAGGCAGUUGGCUGGUCCAGAUGGGAUAUGGUUACGUCUAACUACUACGAGGGUUUUUCUACUCAGAAGGAAGUAUCACCUUCCCUCUCAACAAGGAUGUGUUGUUACUGCUUCUACUGACAGAGUGUGUUUUAGACCUAUGGCACUUCCAGGACUCUUGAUUCUUCUAGGCUGCUAGUGAACUGGAAAGCACUUGCUGCCCUUAAACAUCUGAUAAAACAACAUAUCCACUGUUCUUCCCCCCCUUUUCUUAUAGUUUGUACUAUACUAGUUUGUACCUUACUAGUUUGUAAGGAAAAGAACUAGAGGUAGAAGGAAAUGUGUUCUCUUGAAUCUUUUGUUUCCCAAUAUGUUCAUGGGCAGUUGUCUUUUAAGCAGACAUAUAAAGAAAAGUUUCCUACUUCCUUCCUGGAAGCAUUCUGCUUCUUCUUAACAACAAUCCCCAAUCCCAGCAAAGACUAUUGGCUCAUUAAAGAUGAUCUUUGAAGGAAA